AAAAACCUUAGAGGCAGAGACGCACCCACUUGGAAGCAAAACUCUUCUUGAAGUGGGAGGAAACCGGAAGCUGGAGGUGUCCUCCACCUGGUGUAGAAGUCAGCUAAUUGUCACCCAGCAAAUGCAGGAAUAUAUUCACUCUGCACCAGAGAGAUCACAGGCAGGUUUAGAGCCUUGCUUGCUGGUAUAGCCUAAGAACAGCGUGGAAGAGGAGACCCCAUGAGGCGGGAAGAGGAUGAAGAGGAUGGAAGCGGGCUGCAGGCAAAAGGAGCCUUAGCAAUGAAGGAGGAGGAGGAGAUCAGUGAGCCUGGAGAACUGGCUGGGCAGUUUGUGAGUGCUGUGCCCACCCCCAUGCCCCACAACAGGGGGACCCGGUUCUCUGAAGCAUGGGAGUAUUUCCAUCUGGCUCCUGCUCGUGCUGGGCACCAUCCCAACCAAUAUGCCACCUGCCGCCUGUGUAGCAAGCAGGUGAGCCGUGGCCCAGGGAUCAAUGUGGGCACCACGGCCCUUUGGAAGCACCUGAAAAGCAUGCACAGAGAGGAGCUGGAGAAGAGUGGUCACAGCCAGGCAGGGCAGCGCCAGGACCCACGGCUCCAGGGAACCCAUCUCCCUGUGGGCAUUGAGGGUGACUGGGCCAGGCUCCUGGAGCAAGUGGGCACCUUGACAUCAUGGGCAAGCCAGAGGGAAAAGGAGGUACUGAGGAGAGAGAGGGCAGUGGAGUGGCGGGAGAGGGCUGUGCAGAGGAGGGAGCAAGUCCUGGAAGAGGUGGAAAGGGCCAUCCUGGAGAUGAAGUGGAGGGUGAGGGCUGAGAAGACAGCACACCAGCAAGAGAAGGACCUGUCUGCAGGGGGACAUCCUUUCCAUUUUGUCUAAAUUGUGCUUUCAGUGUCCAUUCUGAAAGCACUCAGUUUAGCUAGCUCAAAUAUAAAGCAAAAAUAAUUCAGUGACAAUUUGUUCUUAAGAAAAAGAGUGCAUCUUGUGAAUUAAUCUCAGCGAGUCUGAACUGAACAAAUGCUUAUUUACAGGCUUCCUACUGUUUGCUGACCAUUGGACAAAACUGCAAUGUGCUAACUAAAGAUAAAGGUUGUUUUGCCAAGAUGGGCAGAAGUUGUCACAUUGUUUAGUGAAAAUAACAGCCUUUGUGCCUAGUGGUUGUUUUGGGGGAGGGGAAGGUUUCCAUACCUGAGGCCGGCAUGGAGCUGAAAUGCGCCUAUGCGACCAGUGACUCAUAGAGACCUCCGUGCUAGCAAAGCACAGCCUUCCUGGGUCAGAGCUAUUUGUAUUGAUAUUGAUAGUGAUUGGAGACCUGGAUGUGAAUCUUGCUCUGUGUGAUCCGAGGGUAGAAAGACAAAGAGGCUUCAGCCUGAGCUCUCUGGAACUUGUGAUGUAUCUUUUUUCCCCGUUGCAGUGUUUUAUAGUCUGCUUAGAUUAAAGCUAUUUCCCCAGUAUAGUCUAACUGUCCUUUAAAUUUUUCCAACAAUCCAACACAUAAACCAAUUAGUAUGUAAUUAUCACAGUGAGAAGUCAAAGAUUUUUCAACACACAUGGUUUAAAUAUUAAGAAUAAAGAACAUAAAAAUUUGCUCCAAAGUAUUUAUGUUUAGUCUAAUUUCACAUUAUGUUCUAUUAAUGUGGAGGAGGUAGUGAGGAAGACAUAAAAGAAACUCAGAAAAAGAAGACAGAAAGAUGAGGUAGGUAACGAGACCUAAUAAACGGAUUAAAAAGAAAAGAAUAGAAAAUGUGUGAAAAUGGGGAAGAGAGACAGUUUUCUAGAAGAAGUUCACCGCGAAAAGAAAAAAGAUCAUGACUGUGUCUUCAUGAAGUAACUCAGGUUUUUUUUGUACCUACAGAUUAGUCCUUCAUUUGAAAAGCAGGUUUUGGAUUUUACUUGUGCUUCCUCUGAAAUGCUAACUGCACAGUAAUCCAUUGGUCCCUGAUUAAAAACACUCUGUUCAUCUUUAAAUGUUCAGAGAUGCUUUGAAGAAAAGGAGCCUAAUAAUCCAUAAGGAGAGAAAAAUUUUCUGAGUAAGAAUAUGGCUAAAAUGUUAGCUUAGGAAUAGAAAAAUUAAACUGGAUAGUACUCUGGUCUUUGUGCAAGAGUGGACUUUUGUUUUGGAAGAUUUCUCUAGUGCCUUUGCUUUUUUAAGUGAGUUGGGAGUAGAACAUUGAGAAGGAGAGAGCUAGGGAACACAGGAAAAGAUGAAGACAUGUCCCACUAUCUUCUGGAUAGCCAAUAAUUUAUGGGCACCAACCUCCCUGAAGCUGAUGAGACCCUGGUUUAAACAUGGUGUCUUUCCUUCUACAUGGUUCAUUCUAACUGCUUCUUAGAUUUGUAAGGUAGCUUAGGAACUAGACCUGUAGUCCCUGUGAGAUGUUUGUGGAACAAACACCAAUCCAAAUAUCAGAAUUAUGAAGAACACAGACCACGGUACAAGUCUAUAAUAUUCUUUCCUCCACACCCUGGGAAACUGCCUGGUGGUACAGACUUCAUUUCCCAUGUGGUUUCCUCACAGAGUCACGGUGCCCCUUGUAGCACCUUCUCCAUCUGUUUGGAAAACCCAGGUGCUCUCUAGUGCAAACCACGAUGGCUGAGAGUCAUGCACCUGGGCAGAAUCACUCUGUGCCACAAAAGAUGCAUAAGAAAACAAGAGGCUGUCAUCCCCAGGCCCUUAAAAACAAAACAAAACUCACAUACAUUGGAACAGAAUGUAAGAAAGUCAAGGAAUCCAUAGGGAAAGUUUUGUAAAACCAAAACCAAAUAAACACAAAUAAUUGAGUUGUGCAUAAAAGGUACUGUAGCUCUCCUGCUAAAGUUUGAUGCUGACUUCAGCAUAUUUUUUAGGUUAUGGUGUUUGUUUUACAUGUUUUUUUUUUAUUGGACAGUCUCUUUCUCUUUGGGUAUCAUAACUUCAAACUGUUUUUGUUUCCUGUGCUUCA